AUGGCGCAAGCCAUGGCUUCAACCAAUGGCAAUUGGUUUUGUCAACCUGUCUCCGGCAUCCAGUACUCGAACGUCGGAUCCCUAGGCACCUAUAAUCGUAUUAUGGGCGCCGCUCAACUAACCCCCGCGAGUCAAUUUGCAGUUGAGCAAAAGGUUCGCCAGAAGGCUCUUGAGCUCCAGGGAGCCCGAACUCCUCGAAUGACAACGACAGAAGCAACACGAGGCCCAGCGUAUGCAGCAAAUGGCAAAGGCCAGAGAAUAUUAGAAGUGACGCGAACUGGAGGAGUACAACGCAUCUCUUGCGCAAAAAAUUUCAAUGGUUCCACUGGAAGACCGAGGGUUUCCCACUUACCAGCAGCUGCUGGGAAUUUGCCCCUUCAGGCAGAUGCAGAAAUCUUGACCUCAGAAGGCAAGGAACUUUCUGUUGAAUUCGACAAGACUGUUGCCAAUUUCACUCCUAGCUACCACGGGUUCGGAGGAAAUGUUGCUACUCUCAUCCAAGCCAUCGAGGCGAGAAAGGCCGGCAACGAGGCGAACGUGAAGAAUGUUACUCGAAAGACAAAGUAG